UCCACUUCCGGGCUGCUGGGGAGGGGGACGGGCGGCCUCUCCUCCCUCUUCCUCAGCCACCUGUCUCCAGCAGAAGCUGCAGUGCCCAGAGCGCGGAGCGGAGCGCGCCAGAGCCCGAGCUGGGGAGCGUUGCCUCCGGAGCCAUCAAACCUUGUCGCGACUUCAUCCCCCGCCCCAGAAAGCUUCAGUCCACGCCCUCCGAGUGCUCCGGCCCGUCCUUUGAACUCUCAGGGCCAGCCUCCUGGAGCACUCCGCGAGGCCAGGCCGUCGGGUGCGGCGCCGAGGACCCCAGGCCACGCCCACCCUCCCAGACCACGCCCCGGAGCCCGGACUACGCCCACUCCGCGGGAGUCCGAAGCGGCCAUGGGGACGCCCAGUACCCCGGAGGAAAGGUCCGGGUCCCCGCCGGUCCCCGAGUGUGACGCAGAGGUUCAGCCCCAAGGGGCCUCCCAGCCCCAUGGUCAUCCCGAUGAGCCCCAAGAACAGGAGGCGCCUGGGGCCCCGGCGGAGCUUCCUAGCGGCCAAGGAGUGGAGCAGCAGACUGAGGAAGAGGAAGAAGUGGGAGAAGGCAGCAGCACCGAAAGCAGCCGCGACGAGCCAGAGGGCGCGCCUCCAGCGCCGAUGCCGGCCACGCCCUCCACAUGCACCCCUUAUGGGGAAGGGGUGCGAGCUGCGGCGAGGCGGCUCCGAGCACAGAAGCUGGAGGCAGUGACUCGAGUUGCCCUGUUGGAGCAGAGAGUGAAGGAGCUUCAGCGCCAGAAGGGGGAGCUGAGGAUUGAGAUGGAGGUGGAGGUGGCCCUGCGGCGGGGUGAGCUGGCUGGGGAGCGAGUGGCUGCCCGGCGGGAGGAGGAGCAGCUCCGGGAGCUGCUACGGCAGCAGCGGGCCUCGGAGCAGGGCGGCCAGGAGCAGCGGGAGCAGGAGCAGAGGCGACUAAGUCAGGAGCGCGAACGUGUGGAGGGUCUUCGCCACAGACUUCGGGAGGCCCAAGGACAGCUGGAUUCCCAGCCUGAGGACCAGCGUGAGCGACUUUUGCAGGGGGUACAGGAGAUGAGGGAACAGCUGGAUGUGGCCCAACACGCCUAUGAGGACCUGGAGUUCCAGCAACUGGAGCGGGAGAGCCGGCAGGAGGAAGAGGAUCGGGACUGUCCUGGGCUCCAGCUGCCAGAGCCCAAGGUCCAGGAGCUUCAGGCCAGUGUGGCACAGCACAGGCGCCGGAUCCAGGUCUUGGAGGAGCAGCUCAAGUCUCUGGGGGAGCAGAUGGCGGCUGAGAGCCGGGGGUUAAGCCGGAAGAAGGAGGAGACCCUUCAGGCCCUGGCGCAGGAACGGAGCCGACUCCUCCAGCUCAACUGCCUUCAGGAAACACCGGGUGGGGACUUCUCUGAGCCCAGCCAAGCUCUCACAAAGCUGCUCUUCACCCAGAAGACAGACCGGCAGCUGCUGGUGCUACAGGAUCCUGCCACCCACGCUGCUGCCACCUCUACCUCUUCCUGCCUCUUCUCCGUCCACAGCUCCCUGCAGGGCUCCAUUGGCCUCCAGAGGACUGGAAGCCUGCCCAGGAGAAGAGAGCGAGCGAGCCAGAGGGGAUCCCCACGACCUCUGUCCCUCCACUGUACCGGACCUCUCGAGGCCUCAGCUCUCACACCAGCAGUGGAGGCUUCUGGGAGACACCCCCUCUAUCAGCUGCUAAACUGUGGCCCUGGGAACAGCUCCAGGGCCCUCCACCCAGACAUCGCUCACAUGGAGCGGCUUCUGCGACAGGCCAUGGCAGAGAGGGAACGGCUGAUCAAGGCCAGGGAAGGGAUGAAAAAGAACAGAGAAAGUUCCUCGGGCCCAGCUCUUCCUGCCAUCAUGGCCCCACCCGCACCCCCACCCCGCCCACCAGGCCCCCGUGUCCUGGAUCUCCGGCAGCACCUGGAACGAUGGGGCCACAACCCAGAAAGCUGUCCUCAUGUGCGAGUGUCCUGCGGCUGCUGCCGGGGGCCCCUGGUCAAGAUGGGCGGCCGCAUCAAGACCUGGAGGAAGCGUUGGUUCUGCUUUGACCGCCAGGCACGUCGCCUGGCCUACUAUGCAGACAAGGAAGAGACCAAGCUCAAGGGUGUCAUCUACUUCCAGGCCAUUGAGGAAGUCUACUAUGACCACUUACGCUGUGCCUUCAAGAGCCCCAGUCCUCGCCUGACUUUCUGUGUCAAAACCUAUGAACGCCUUUUCUACAUGGUGGCCCCGAGCCCCGAGGCUAUGCGCAUAUGGAUGGACGUCAUCGUGACCGCAGCAGAUGAGAACCACGCCCCCUGAGUGGUCCCGCCCACGGUGGGGUGUUCUGGCGAGGCUCCGCCUCGUGCGCACGCGGUUGCGUCCCAAGGCCCCGCCCACCUCGGAAAACGUGGGCCCGCCCCUUCGGAACUCUCCCGGGAAUUCUGAGGCGGCUGCCGCUCAGCUGGCCUGAGUCGCGCUGCUGUUCGGGCGGCUGGUGUGGUCCCGUGACGGGGUCACCAGCUCCCGGGGCCCUGCCUGGGGCAGGAGGAAGAUUGCAGGGGUGGGGAGAAACUAUUUAUUGGUGCUCCUGUGAAA